AUGAAUCUCGAUGAAUAUGUAAGAUCAUUAAGAGGUGAAGUAAUGGGUCAUCAUCAUGGGGGUCCAGGAAGAUACGAACAAAAGUUUAAAGCUUUCCCAAUUAGUUUCUUACCAAAAGAAAAACAUUCUUUAGAAUCUGGUGGUAAAAUAUUAUUACCACCAAGUGCAUUAAAUGCCUUAAGUAGGUUAAAUAUUCAAUAUCCAAUGUUAUUUGAAAUUUCAAAUCCAAUUAGUGGUAAAAAAUCACAUUGUGGUGUACUUGAAUUUAUUGCAGAAGAAGGUAUUUGUUAUUUACCAUUAUGGAUGAUGCAAAAUCUUCAAUUAAAAGAAGGUGAAUUUAUUGAUAUUAAAAAUGCGACAUUAGCAAAAGGUACAUUUGUAAAAAUUCAACCACGUACAUCAAAUUUUAUAGAUAUUUCAAAUCCAAAAGCAGUUUUGGAGAAUUCACUAAGAAAGUUUGCAACAUUAACAAAAGAUGAUGAAAUUAUGAUUGAUUACAAUAAUACAAAAUAUUACUUAAAAGUAGUUGAAUUAAAACCAGCCAAUGCAAUUUCAAUUAUUGAAGCAGAUGUUUCUGUUGAUUUUGCACCACCAAUGGAUUCAAAAGAAGCUACAUCACCAUCAACUUCAUCACCAGGUUCACAUGUUAGUGGACCAUCAAAAGGUUUAACAUUUGGACCUGCUUCAACAUCUGCUAAACCAAUUCCUGGAGGUAAAAAGAAAAAAGAUGAAUCCGAUAGCGAUAGUGAUUCUGAUGAUGAACCAAAAUUCAAAGCUUUUGCUGGUACAGGUGCAAGAUUGGAUGGUAAGGUUGGUACUCCUUUAGGUACAAGUCCAAAAACUUUAAAUACAAAUAAUAAUAAUAAUAAUAAUAAUAAUAAUAACAAUAAUAAUAAUAAUAAUAAUAAUAAUAAUUCAAAUAAUAAUAAUACAAAGAAUGAAGAUACAAAAUUUAAAUCAUUUUCUGGUAAAGGUCAUAGUUUAAAAGAUUAA